AUGGUGGAUAAUAAUAUUAUUGAAAAAGUUAAAGAUGAAGUAGAAAAAGUAGAUGAACCAAUAAAAUCUAAAAACCCUCAAGAAAAUGUAUAUAAAAGAACAUAUGAAAAUAUUGGAAAUUCUUCAAGAAGAAGUAAACCAUUAGACAUUAAUUUAGAGACACUUUUAAACGACAAUAAAAAAAAAACUGUAAAAAAAAUAAAAAAAGAAGAUAAAAGUGAUAUCAAUAGUAGUAGUAAUACAAUUAAAAUCAAUGAAGAAGUAUCAGAAUUAAAACCCACAAAAACAGGAUUAAAUGAUUCAACUAAUGAAAUAGAAUCUGAAAAAAAAGAUACACCAUCAACUUCAACUUCAAUCACUUCCACCAAUUCCACAACAACCUCAACAACAACAACACCACCAAUAUCAAAUGUAAUAUCAGUAGAUUCUACAGAUAAUGAAGAUUACCAACCAAAAAAAGAAAUUAAAAAGAAAAACAAUAAAAAAGUAAAAAAUAAAAAAUCAAAAGAAGAAGAAUGUAUAAUAAUAAAUGAAAAAAAAGAGAUCAAUAUUGACCAAGAGGAAGAGGACCAGCCUACACAAGAGGUUGAUUAUUCAAUUACAAAUUCAUCAUCAUCAUUAAUAUCACCAACAAAAUCAAAUUCAAUAUUAAAUAUAAAAGUGAUAGCAUCAAAAACAGAAGAAACAACAGUUAAACCAAUCAAACCAAGGUUAGUAAUUAGAAAUGAACUUGAAAUUAGAACAAAACAUUUAAAUGAUUAUGAAUGGGGUAAAAAAAUGAAUGAAGUUAUGGGAUUGGAUAAUACACAAAUACCAUCAACAUUGAAAGCUUCAUUUAGAAAUCGUAGUGGUGGUAGUUUUUUAAAAGCAUUAGCUAUGGCAAAAGAUUACUUGGAAAGAAAUAAUAAACAAAUUAAAAGAGAUAUAUCAUUUUUAAAUACUGAUCCCGAGAUUGGUAAUGAAGAUGAUGAAUUUAUAGAUUUAGAAAAUGAUAGUGAUAAUAAUAAUAAUGAUGAUUUAGAUGAUUUAAAUGAAAUUGAAGAUUUAAAUAAAAUAUCAGAUAAUAGUGAUGAAGAUGAAUAUGAAGAAGAAUUAGAAGAAGAGGAUCAAGAGGAACUAGUAGAAGAUGGUGAUGAAGAUGAAGCACUUUUAGAAAAAGAAGCAGAUGACGAAGAUGAUUUUAAAGAAAUUGGUAGUGGUGGUGGUGGUGGUGGUGUUAUUGAUGAUAUAAUAAAAAAUACACCAACUAAAAAACAAUCACAAAAAGGUGUUGAUUUUAAUUCAUCAAUUGUAUUAGAUGAUAAUGAUGAUAUGGUUGGUGGUAAUAGUGGUAAUAAAAAUGAAAUAGUAAUAGAUUUAGAUGACGAUAACAACAACAACAACAACAACAACAACAACAACAACAACAACAACAACAACAACAACAACAACAACAACAACAACAACAACAACAACAACAAUAACAACAACAACAACGGUAAUACUACCACACCAAUAAAACCAACUAAAAUAACACCAACAAAAACAAAACAAUCACCUCAAUUAAAGAGUAAAUCACCAUUAUCAAAAUCAGUAUCACCAGUAUCAUCAUCAACAAAGAAAGUUAAAAAACAACAAAUUGUAGAGUUAGAAUCAUCUGAUGAUGAUUUGGAUGAUUUACUUAAACCAACUAUUAUGGAUUCAUUAUUUAAAGGAUUUGAUUAUACAACUUCAAAAAAAACUACAACAACAACUACCACCACCACCACUACCACCUCAACCUCACUUAACAACAACAACAACAACAACAACAACAAUCAUAAUAAUGAUAAUGAUGAUGAUAGUGAAGAGUCAAUUAAAAGAUUAAUUGAUAGAUCAUUAGAUGAUUUAGAUAGUAAAAGAUUAAUUGAUUUUAGAACACCAUCAAGAUCAAAUUCAACCACAACAACUACAACAACAACAACUAAUAAUAAUAAUAAUAAUAAUAAUAAUAAUAAUAAUAAUAAUAAUAAUAAUAAUAAUAAUAAUAAUAAUAAUAAUAAUAAUAAUAAUAAUAAUAAUGAAUCAAUUGAAAUUGAUAAUGAUGAUGAUAAAGAUUGGUUUAAAGAUAUUAAUAAAAGAUUAGUAACAAAUUAUAAUAAUCAAGGAGAUUCAAAAGAAUGGUUAUUAUUAUUGAAAUCAAUUGAUCAAUGUCCAUUAUUGAUUGAUACGAAAUGUAAAAAUAUUAUUAAUGGAGAGAAAUUAUAUUUUAGAUAUGAACCUGAAAAAUUACCAAAAUCAUUUUUACCAAAGACUGAAAAUAGAUUACCAUUCACAUGCUAUUCACAAGAGAGUAAAGAGUUUUAUGGGUUUUUGGGAUUUCCAAGUGUUGAUUUAAAUGCAUUAAUAUUACCAUUAAUUAGAAAGAACUAUAUUAGAUUGGGUGGAACUGCAAUAUUGACAAGUUAUACUCAAGGUAGAAUUCAAGGUUAUUCAUUGGUAGAUAUUUAUUAUUCACAUGAGGGUCAAAUCAUUGAUAGAGUCGAUAGAACUACACCAAAUGUAAUUGAUGAAAGUGAUUUCAUCGAUAGUCAAUAUAUUAAAGUUUGUAGAAAAUUAUUAGAUUGUUUACUCCUUGGUCCUUCACAAUUUCCAAAUAUUUUAAAUGGCGAUGGUAAUAGUGGUAAUGGUGGUGGAAAUAAAAAUGAAAUUAAUCCAAGAGAUUUAUUUGUAAAGAAAGCAUUAUUAACAACUGAGGCACCAGAUUCACUAAAGAGUCAAUUGAAACAUCAUCAAAAGGAAGGAUUGUGGUGGAUGCUUGGUCGUGAACAAAAACCAUUUAUAACUUAUAAUAUGUCGGUUGAAGAGUAUUGGAGGCUUUAUAAAACUUCACCAAUAGUCGGUGAAGCUGCAAGUGUGGAAUUCUAUUACAAUUGCAUUUGUGAUAAGAUCAGUUUAACACCACCAAAGAGUAAACAUAAGAUAGCUGGUGGUUUGCUUUGUGAUGAAAUGGGUCUUGGUAAAACCGUUAUGUCUAUAGCAUUAAUUAUGUCAAAUCAUCCAGUUUUUUCAACACAUAGACAACAAAAAGAAGCAUACGAUGAAAUCAAAGACCAAUUAAGGAAUAGAAAUCAACAGUUACGUAGUUUUCAAAAGUCUGUACCAAAACCAAAAGCAACAUUAAUAAUAUGUCCGCCAUCAUUGGUCAGCCAAUGGAAAUCGGAAAUAAAGAAGCAUUUAAAACCAGACUAUUUCAAUAAAUUGGAAAUUUUUGAAUAUCAUGGUGCUAAUCGUAAGAAAAAACUAUCAGGUGUCGAUUUGAAUCUUAUGGAUAUUGUAAUCACUACACAUAAUACUUUUGGUAUUGAAUUCAAGAAAUAUGAAGAGGAUAUGCAAAGUGCAUACACUAACAAUGCCAAUGGCAAUGAUGGGUCCAUUCCAUUGCCUGCACUACUCACAAUUCAUUGGUGGAGAGUUAUCAUUGAUGAGUCGCAAGUUUGUAAAAUCAAAACAUUAAUCUUUAAAGGGUUACAAAAUUUAGAUGCAAUUCAUAAAUGGUGUUUAUCAGGUACACCCAUUUCAAAUUAUUUAGAUGACAUUUAUCCAUCAUUACAUUUUUUAAAUUGUUAUCCAAUAGCUCAAGAUUUAAAAACUUGGAGAAAAUUAAUUGAUCGUCCAAAGAAUUUAGAACUAUUAAAGAAAGUUAUUAAUCCAAUCCUAUUACGUCGUGAAAAAUCUGAAAUUUUAGAUUUCAAAUUACCAAAGAAAAAUAAAGAAAUUGUUUAUUUAGAUUUUAAUGAAAAUGAAGCUGAUGAUUAUGAUACACUUUUCUCUGUUGCUCAAGAAACUUUACAAAAAAUUAGUUGUAGAGGUGGUAUUUUAAAAAAUUAUGCAACUGUUUUAGCAUUACUUUUAAGAUUAAGACAAUGUUGUGAUCAUUUUCAUUUAAUUAGACAUAUUGAUACAAGUACUGAUGUAAUUUGUAAUUCAUGUAAAGAUAUUGCAGUAAAUCCAGUAAAGAAUCAUUGUGGUCAUGAUUUUUGUUUAGAUUGUUUUGAAGAUUUGGUUAGAAAUCCAGAUAAUAAUAAUAAUAGAGUUUCAUUAUGUCCAGAAUGUGAUUCUGAAUUAAUUUUACAAGAUAAUACAAAUGGUGAUGAUAGUAAUAAUAAAAACAAUGGUAAAUCAAUUAAAAAAAUAGCAAAUCUUAAUAAUUCAAAGAAAAGUAAAACAAAUUUGUCAAAAAAGAGUCAAUAUUUAGAUAUUGAAAGACAAGAUCAAUUAUAUAAUCAAACAGAAAGACAAUUUCAAAAUGAAUUACAUAAUAGAUUAAAUCAAUUGAUUGAAAGACAAAGAGAGAAUCAAGAAGCCAAGCAAAUGAGUAAAAUCGAUUCACUUUUUUCAACAAAGGUUAAAACAUUGUUGGGUGAUAUUCAAAAUGAUUUAAUAGAUAAUGAAGAUAAUGCAGAUGAAAAAUGUUUAAUCGUUAGUCAAUGGACGUCAAUGUUGGAUUUAAUAGAGGAAUCGUUGAAGCAGAAUCAUUGGGUAAAGAAUACACAUUAUGUGCGUUACGAUGGCAGAUGCUCUCAUCAACAAAAGGAUAAAGCAAUUAAACAAUUGAAUGAGGAUGACGAUGUUAGAGUGAUGUUAGUCUCUUUAAAGAGUGGUGGUGUUGGUUUGAAUUUAACUCGUGCCAAUAGGGUCUAUAUGGUCGAUCCUUGGUGGAAUGAGGCAAGUGAAGUUCAAGCAGAGGGUAGAGUUCAUCGUAUUGGUCAAACUAGAGAAGUCUUUGUAAAGAGAUACAUUAUGAAUAAUUCAAUUGAAAUUAGAAUUUUAGAAUUACAAGAAUCAAAGAAUGAAAUUGCAAAUGCACUAUUAAGUGAUGAUUAUGAUCCAACAAAACCAUUCAAAAACUUUAAACUUAAUGUUGAAGAUAUUAAAUUAUUAUUUAAAGGUUUUAAAAAAUAA